AUGCACAGUUUUCCUGCAUGCUCCUUGCAAGAAGAUCAACAGAGUCCGCAAGCAAGCAAACAUGUACGUGUACGUACCCAUGCGCAAACAAGAGAGAACAUAGCGCAAAAAAACAGAGCAGGUUUAUCCCGUCUACCUCAUUCGCAAGCAAGAUACGGCAAGUCCGCAAAAUCAGUGCACUUUACACGAUUUGCUUUUAAGCUAUACGUGCCUUUGCUUAUGCGAAGAAAGGGAAAAUUCACGGCUUAA